AUGCAAUUCCUGGAUGUGGACGUGGUGCAGCGCACAAUCGCGGACGAGGACGCGGACGCGGACGAGGAGCAGCUCAGAAUUAUCAGCCAGCGUCAGGAUACAAUGACAUCGAUGUUGAUGGACCUGGUGGUGGACCACCGGACCGAGGACCCCACCGACCGUCUCCGUAAAAUCAGAGAGCUCCAUGACCAUGUACAGGACCGCUGUCGGGCCCUGUACAAGCCAAGGCAACGCAUCGCGAUAGACGAGAGGAUGGUGAAGUGCAAGGGUCGUGCAAGCUUCAUCCAGUAUCUACCUGCAAAGCCAGUGAAGUGGGGUUUCAAAGUGUUUGCUGCAUGCGAUGCAGCAAACGCCAUACUCUUCAAUUUUGAAGUGUUCACAGGGCAGAUGGAAAAUGCUGGCGGAUUGGCCCACGAUACUGUGCUUCGGCUUAUGGACGGUGUUCUGGAUAAGGGGCAUGUGCUUUUUACCGACAACUUCUACACAUCGUCCAACCUGGCACAGAGUCUCCUGGAUCGGCACACAUACCUGGUAGGCACAGUCCGGCUCAACCGACGCGGGGUGCCGGAUUUAUUCAAGACAGAUACGAAGCAAUUCGAGCGGCAAGCGCCCACUGGCACUUUGCGCUACGUGAGAGAUGGUCCAGUGGUGUAUCAGCAGUGGAAAGACAAGCGAUGUGUCAGUGUGUUGUCAACAGCACACAAGGGCCAUGACCAAGUCCAGGUGACUCGAAACAGGAAAGUGAACGGAGUAUAUGCGCAGGUCAACAUCCCCCAGCCACUCUCCAUUGCUGAUUACAACAAGAGCAUGGGGGGUGUUGACCUGUUUGAUCAACACAUUGCGGCUUACCGUACACUGAGGCGAUGCAAAAAGUAUUGGAAAAGUCUGUUCUUGGACAUGUUGGAUAUUGCAGCCACCAACAGCUAUCGCAUCUUCGAACUAUACCGUGCCGAUCAUCCGGGUGCAAUAGAACGCCGACGACACCACCGUCACACCAGCUUCCGUGCGAACUUGAUCCGGCAGCUUGCAAAUCUCGACAUUGGUGCUCCACUGCCAAAGCGUCGAUACUCUGCACCUCCACAGGCACCAACUCCAGCUGAAGUUGCUCUCAUGCAUGUGCCCAAGCACUCACCAGAUCUGAAGCGCAACUGUGUCAACUGCUAA